AUGAGCAAGAUUUCCAAGUUCUUCAAGGGGGGUGGCUCGGCCGCCUCCCGGGGCCGCGGGGGGCCCUCGCCGCAGGAGGCGCUGGCCCGGCUGCGGGAGACGGAGGAGAUGCUCAGCAAGAAGCAGGAGUACCUGGAGACGAGGAUUGAGCGGGAGCUGGCGGUAGCCCGGCAGCACGGCACCAAGAACAAGCGAGCUGCCUUACAAGCACUGAAGAGAAAAAAGAGAUAUGAGAAACAGUUGAGUCAAAUUGAUGGGACACUGUCAACCAUUGAGUUCCAGAGAGAGGCAUUGGAAAAUUCCCAUACCAACACAGAAGUGCUCAAGAAUAUGGGUUAUGCUGCACAAGCUAUGAAAAAAGUACAUGAAAAUAUGGACUUGAAUAAAAUUGAUGAUUUGAUGCAAGACAUCACUGAACAGCAAGAUGUUGCCCAGGAAAUUUCAGAUGCUAUCUCAAACCGAGCUGCCUUUGGUGAUGAGUUUGAUGAGGAUGAGUUGAUGGCAGAAUUAGAAGAACUGGAGCAAGAAGAAUUGAACAAGGGAAUGAGAGAUGUCAGGUUGCCAAGUGUUCCAUCCACAUCGCUGCCUUCUCGCCCUGGUAAACUGCCUGCUUGCCAUUUUACAUUUCUUGUUACUAAGCCAUCAUCAACCAGGAAGAGAGCAGAGGAUGAAGAUGAAAUGAAGAAGCUGGCUGCAUGGGCUUCAUAAGAGCAUGGUCUUUUUAUAAUACUGAACAUUAGAGCUGUAAUUCUGUUUUAUAACCAUACCGAUUUAGUGUGGUUGCAUUUCAUGCAGGCUGGUUUUUUUAUGGCC